CCAAGAGCGCAUGCGCCCUCCCUCUUCCGAAGACGCGCACUGCCGGGCCGCACACGUGCACUUCCCGCAGGUUGCGGGGAGAGCGCUGGGGGAUCACUAUGCCUAAGGUCAAGCGGCGGAGAGGCGCUGGGGGCGCAGGGGAGGCGGCCAGGAACCUGCCCCUGGCCGAGCAGAUUAUACAAGGGGACUCGGUGAGGCCCACCACGCGGGUGAAGAGGCGAGGCAGGGGCGGGCAGCAUGGCGGUGGGGAGCAGGAGGACCAGUACGUGGAUGAGAAGCUGUCCCGGAGGAUCCUGGAGCAGGCUCGGAUCCAGCAGGAGGAGCUGGAGGCGGAGCACUGUCCAGGCAAGGGAACCGAAGCGAAGAAGGAGAAGACCACGGUGCUGGGGUCCGGAUUGCGCGAUGGGGAUUCUGACGCAGAGGAUGAUGAGUGGCCCGCGCUGGAGAAGGCUGCAUCCAUGGGAAAGGGAGAGUACUGUGAGGAGGUGACGGUGGACCCUGAGGAUGAGAGAGCUAUUGAGAUGUUCAUGAACAAGAAUCCUCCGCUAAGGCUCACGCUAGCUGAUAUCAUCAUGGAGAAGAUUACAGAGAAGCAGACCGAGGUGGAGACCGUGAUGUCAGAAAUAUCAGGCCACCCCAUGCCUCAGCUGGACCCCCGGGUGCUGGAGGUCUACAAGGGUGUCAGAGAAGUGCUGUCCAAAUACAGGAGUGGUAAGCUCCCUAAAGCCUUCAAAAUCAUCCCAGCGCUGUCCAAUUGGGAGCAGAUCCUUUACAUCACCGAGCCAGAGACGUGGACUGCAGCUGCCAUGUAUCAAGCAACCAGGAUCUUUUCCUCCAACCUGAAGGAGAGGAUGGCCCAGCGCUUCUACAACCUGGUGCUGCUUCCGCGAGUGAGGGAUGACAUUGCCGAGUACAAGCGCCUCAAUUUCCACCUCUACAUGGCCUUGAAGAAGGCUUUGUUCAAGCCGGGAGCCUGGUUCAAAGGGAUCCUGAUCCCCCUGUGCGAGUCCGGGACCUGCACGCUACGGGAAGCCGUCAUCAUUGGGAGCAUCCUUGCGAAGUGCUCCAUCCCUGUCCUUCACUCCAGUGCGGCCAUGCUGAAAAUCGCCGAGAUGGAGUACAGCGGCGCCAACAGCAUCUUCCUGCGCCUCCUCAUUGACAAGAAGUACGCCCUGCCCUUCCGCGUGGUGGACGCCCUGGUCUUCCACUUCCUGGCCUUCCGAGCGGACCGGCGCACCUUGCCCGUCUUGUGGCACCAGUGCCUGCUCACCUUCACCCAGCGCUACAAGGAGGACCUGUCCUCGGAGCAGAAGGAGUCCCUGCUGGAGCUGCUCAAGUUCCACUGCCACCCGCAGAUCUCAGCGGAGAUCAGGCGGGAGCUGGCGAACUCCAAGUCGCGGGACGUGGAGGGGCAGCAGCCGGUGGCGAUGGAGUGAGGCCGGGAGGCGAGAGGCGGGGACUGCGGAGGGGACGCUGGCUGUGAGACGCUGCGGCCCAGAACUACCUGGCGCGUCAUCCCUUGCACCAUCGCUGCUGCCUUCGCUGGAUGAGGCCGAGUGGCUGAGCUAGCCCUUGGGCCGGGACAAGCGAGCGCGGGCCUGUCACUAAGAUCCCGCCACUCCUGCCUUGUAGCCCAGGGGUGGAAGCAAGCGCUGCUCUUCAGCUGGACCUCCCUUGGGAGCGGGGGAAGCUGCCUUCCUCGGAUCAGAGGCUGUUCUUACUGGCCUGAUGCGAGCAGGCACUUCUGGGAGGGGGGAAAGCACGGGGCUGCUCCUGUCUGAGAAUAAAACCUGGGGCAUUC